CUCAGUUGGACCCAGAGCAGCCACAAGCAGUGGGCAGGGCAGGGCAGCAGGGCUACCACUGCGGCACACCAGGUCCCCGCUUGCUGAGGGGACAGUGAUGAAGGGAAAAAGCCCAGGGAAGCAGCGAGGCUGCCUGGGUCUGUCCUUGUGCUCCACCACAAGAGUGAUGUUAAGUGGCUCCCAGCACCAACACUCCUGUGAGAAAACCGCCUGCUCUGCCUGAGCUGGGGAACUGGCCAAGAGAACAGACGGCGCUCAGGAAGGGCGUGCUCCGGGCUGAGGGUUUGUUCCCUGGGCUGUCUGUACAAGCAUCACUUCCCCGUGUCACAGCGUGUCACUGCUGAAGCGCACUACCGACAGCCAGAGACGCUUCCUUCUUCUCGGGGUCAGGGACAAGACCAGUCCGAGGCGCCUGCAGGCACUGGGCCAGGGGACAGGCAGGCUGGAGGACUGGCAGACCACAGCCACCCUGCUGCUGUACAGCGGCCCCAAGCAACCACGCUGCUCCGAGCGGUCCUAAGGAUGCGGCGGAGCCGAGGGAAGCGAAAAGCCGAGGCCGCGAAGCUGCCACGCGUGUCUCGGAGGAGGAAGGAGGAGGAAGAGGAUGCGGUGCAGGAGGCCCGGCGGAGGACGGCCCCGUCCGUGCGGGAGUUCAAGUACAACAAAAAGCGGGUCCGGCUGGUCUCGCAGGGCUCGGACCUGAAGGAAGACGCUCGGUGCAUCCUUUACUGGAUGUUCCGGGACCAGCGGGUGCAAGAUAACUGGGCUUUCCUCUAUGCCCAGCGCCUGGCCCUCAAACAGGAGCUGCCUCUGCAUGUCUGCUUCUGCCUGGUGCCCAAAUUCCUGGAUGCCACCAUCCGCCACUACGACUUCAUGCUGAAGGGCCUGCAGGAGGUGACUGAGGAGUGUGCGGAGCUGAACAUCCCCUUCCACUUGCUGUUGGGCUACCCCAAGGAUGUGCUGCCUGCGUUCGUGGUGGAGCAUGGUGUGGGUGGGCUGGUGACAGACUUCAGCCCCCUCCGCCUCCCCCGACAGUGGGUGGAGGACAUCAGGGAGCGGUUGCCAGAGGAUGUGCCAUUUGCACAGGUUGAUGCCCACAACAUCGUGCCUUGCUGGGUUGCCUCCCCCAAGCAGGAGUACAGUGCCUGGACCUUCCGGGGCAAGAUCAACUCUCAGCUCCCUGAGUUCAUCACCGAGUUCCCCCCUGUCAUUUGUCAUCCGUAUCCCCCGUCCUGCCCGGCAGAGCCCAUCGCUUGGGAGGCCUGUUAUUCCAGCUUGCAGGUGGACCGCACUGUGAAGGAGGUGGAGUGGGCGACCCCUGGCACGGCUGCAGGGCUGGCUGUGCUGCAGUCCUUCAUCGCAGAGCGACUGAAAUACUUUGGAUCCCACCGGAACAACCCCAACAAGGAGGCGCUCAGCAACCUGUCCCCAUGGUUCCACUUUGGCCAAGUUUCCACUCAACGAGCCAUCCUGGAGGUGCAGAAACAGCGGGGCAAGUACAAGGAGUCAGUGGAUGUGUUCGUGGAGGAGGCUGUGGUGCGGCGGGAGCUGGCUGAAAACUUUUGCUACUACAAUGAGAACUACGACAGUGUGCAAGGUGCCUAUGACUGGGCACAAACCACCCUGAAGCUCCAUGCCGAAGACAAGAGGCCUUUUCUCUACAAGCUGCAGGAGCUGGAGCAGGGGACCACGCACGACCCACUGUGGAACGCUGCCCAGCUCCAAAUGGUCCAGGAGGGCAAGAUGCAUGGCUUCCUGCGGAUGUACUGGGCCAAGAAGAUCCUGGAGUGGACCCGCUCCCCCGAGGAGGCCCUGCAGUUUGCCAUCUACCUCAAUGACCGCUAUGAGCUGGAUGGGAGGGACCCCAAUGGAUACGUAGGCUGCCUCUGGUCCAUCUGUGGCAUCCAUGAUCACGGCUGGACAGAGCGGGCUGUCUUCGGGAAGAUCCGCUACAUGAACUAUGCCGGUUGCAAGCGCAAGUUUGACGUGGGCCAGUUUGAGCGUCGCUACACCCCCCACACGCCCUCCCAGUGACGGGCUCGUGCCCCUUGGUGCCGGGGGCAGACGUGCCUUUGCCAACGUGCCAGUUGGUACCUCACCCCCUGGCCAGGGAUUGCCCUGGGCAUGGUUGGAGGUCUCAGUGUAACAGCAGCAAGCCUUGGGGUUUUGCAGGUCUCUUCUCUGCCAUCACCCCCUGCUUGAGCUGCUGUGCUGGGGCAGCUGCUGGAACCCCAUGUGGAUGUGCAGGGUCCUCCUGCUGCCAUGGGUUUGGUUUGCUGGUGGCUGCGAGAGCCCAUCCCCAGUGUGCCCAUGCCUGCCAGAAACAUUUUCUACAACCACUGUACUCGGGAGUAAGCCUGAGCUUACCAUCAGUCACCAUUGCUGCUGUUAGCCACAGCUUAGCUUUAGGCUGAGCAGGGCUUUUCUGGGGAAAAGCCCCCAGAAACUGGCUCCUUGUGCUGUGCUUCCCCCAGGGCAGCCCUGGUUUGCUCUAUGCAUGGCCAGCACUGUGCUUUCUUCAACAGUUGUUUUAAAGUUUACUGUUUGUA